CACAGCUGAGCCACAGACAGCAGACACAUAUUUUCCAAACAAAGAUGAAGAUUUCCUCGGUCCUCUCACUGGUGCUGAUACUCUGCUAUUUCUGCAGAGCUCGGAGACACAGCGGCGACAGUAAUAUCUUGCUUCGUGCUCCCGAUGUUGAGAGCGGGGAAGAGAGGGCUCAGACACAGAGGGCUGGGAUUGAAGCUGAGGAAGGUGAACGAGAGCUGGUGCCUCAGACUGACAUCUGGACUGAGCUGAGGGACCUGAGAGACAUGGUGGUGGAGCAGAGAGUGGAGCUUAGGCACCUGACGACCAGAGUAACAGCUGCUGAGAGCCUGGUGGAGGCCUUGAGGAGGGAGAAUACAGCUUUGGAGGCCAGGAUGACCGCUGCUGAGAGGUUGGUGGCGCAACUGCAGACGGAGAAUGACGCUCAAGAUGCAGAGCUCACAGCCGUUAAGCAGCAGCUCAGCACUCUGCAGCAAAGAGUGACAGUCAGUGAGGGCCGCAUGGCAGCGCUGGAGAAAGAUCAAGAAGCUCAAGAUGCAGAGAUUGCAGCUAAUCAGCAGCAGCUUGGCGCUCUGCAGGAAAGAGUGACAGCCAGUGAAGGCCGCGUGGCAGAGCUGGAGAAAGAGCAAGGAGCUCAAGAUGCAGAGCUCACAGCCGUUAAGCAGCAACUCGGCGCUCUGCAGCAAAGAGUGACAGCCAGCGAAGGCCGCGUGGCAGCGCUGGAGAGAGAGCAAGAAGUACAAAAUGCAGCACUGCAGCAACUUGAAAAUGCCAGCAAAGUGAGGAAAGUGGCCUUUUCUGCCUCCCUUCGGACAUCUGGCGCAGGAAACAUCUCAGAAAAUCCACUUAGAUACAGAAAUGUCUUUACCAACACUGGAAACCACUACAACCCAAACACAGGUUACUUCACUGCACCAAUAAGAGGAGUGUAUUACUUCAGAUUUGACGGCCAUUCAUCACAUUCUAAUCACAUGAUGAUAAUGCAUCUCAUCAAGAAUGGACGACUCAUAGUUACCGCAGCUGACCUUCCCCCGUCACCUGCAGAUCUGGCGGAUAAUGCAUCCAAUGGUGCAGUGUUGCAGUUAGAAGUGGGAGAUAUUGUUUCGGUAAGCCUUUCUGGGGAGGUUUGGGAUGACAACAACAACAGAACAACUUUUAGUGGCUUUCUGCUCUUUCCUUUGUAAGAUGUUACAGCUGCCGACAUGACAGUAACAUGCUGGGCCCGGUUUGUGUCAUUUAAUCACUGUCUGUAAAUUUAUU